GGUUAAUAUUCACCAACAGCCUCCUCUGCAUCCACUGCUUAAAUACGGACGAGGACAGGGCUCUGUCUCCUCAGCCUCGGUCUCCACUGCCAGCCCAGGAAACAGCGAAUUGACAAUGCCGUCCUCUAUCCAAUGGGGCCUCCUGCUACUGGCAGGCCUGUGCUGCCUGGUCCCUGGCUUCUUGGCUGAGGACUCCCACGGAGACGCUGCCCAGGAGACAGACGCUUCCGGCAAUGAACACGAUCACUUAAGCUGCCACAGGAUCGCUCCGCACCUGUCCAACUUCGCCCUGCGCCUGUACCAGGAGGUGGCCCAGAAGUCCAACACCACCAACAUCUUCUUCUCCCCAGUGGGCAUCGCGACGGCCUUUGCCAUGCUCUCCCUGGGGACCAAGGCAGACACUCACACCCAGAUCCUAGAGGGCCUGGAUUUCAACCUCACAGAGAAAGCCGAGGCCGAUGUCCACAGAGGCUUCCACAAUCUCCUCGAGACCCUGAACAGGCCCGACAACCAGCUCCAGCUGACCACCGGCAACGGCCUGUUCAUCAACAACAGUAUGAAGCUCGUGGAUAAGUUCAUGGAGGACGCCAAGAAGCUGUACCACUCAGAAGCCUUCUCCGUCAACUUCAAGGACACCGAAAGUGCCAAAGAACAGAUCAACAAGUAUGUGGAGAAGGGAACCCAAGGAAAGAUCGUGGAUUUGGUCAAAGAGCUGAACGAAGAUGCGGUGCUUGCUCUGGUGAAUUACAUUUUCUUUAAAGGCAAAUGGCAGAAACCCUUCGAUGCUGAGCAUACCACCGAGGGGGACUUCCACGUGGAUGAGGCCACCACAGUGAAGGUGCCCAUGAUGAAGCGCCUGGGCAUGUUCGAAAUUCAGCACUGCGACACGCUGUCCAGCUGGGUGCUGCUGAUGGACUACGUGGGCAACGCCACCGCCUUCUUCAUCAUGCCGGACGAGGGCAAGAUGCAGCACAUGGAGCGUGUGAUGAACAAGCAGAUCCUCUCCAAGUUCCUGGAAAAUAGACACACCAGGUCAGCCAAUCUGCAGUUCCCCAAGUUCACCAUUUCUGGAACCUACGAUCUGAAGGAAGUCCUGAGUGACAUGGGCAUCACCAAGGUCUUUGGCAGCGAGGCUGACCUCUCAGGGAUCACAGAGGAUGCACCCCUGAAGCUCUCCAAGGCCGUGCACAGGGCGGUGCUGACCAUCGAUGAGAAAGGCACCGAAGCUGCGGGAGCCACAGUGCUGGAGGCCAUUCCCAUGUCUAUACCGCCCGAAGUGUCAUUCAACAAACCCUUCGUUAUCAUUAUUUAUGACCAUGUCACCCACAGUCCCCUCUUUAUGGGAAAAGUGGUGAACCCCACACUGAAGUAACUGCCUCCCAGGCCUCAGACCUCCCCUCCAGCGCCUCCCCCUCUGUCCAUCACAUUAAAGAAGGGCUGCCCUGGGCCUGAGCUGCAAACCCUCA